GGGCGCCGCUCUGGGAGAAAAUGCCUCUUUUGACCACAGUGUUCCUGUCGGCACUGCUGAUGCUGGAAGGGGCCGCGGCCGCUGACCUCCAGGUCUACAGGAAGUCGGUGCGCGGUGAUAAAAGUUUGCCGAGCGGCGAUGACGGACGGCACCCUGUGAGGAAGCAGCCACAGCAACAGGCAAAAAGUGGAAUCCGCAGGAGUCUGGACCUGGAGAGCUUCAACGUACACGUGACCCCGACCGCGGGCAGAAUCAACCUGCCGACCCUCCUCAGGCUGUACCCGCCCACGGCCAAGCCGCUGCACCUGCACGCCAACAUGCCCAUGCGCUUCGGGAGGUGGAGCGACGCCGGCGACGACAGGGCGCCCGGCUCGAACCCCAACAUGCCCCAGAGGUUCGGCCGCUCCUGGGAGCUGACGCCGCCGUGCCCCGGGUGCCAACGCGCCCGAGAGGCGCCGAGCCCAGUGCUGCCGCAGAGGUUUGGGAGGACGCUGCCGUACUGGGGCCUCCUCAGGACUCUGGCCAGUGAACAGCUGUUGAACACUGAUCUGCAUUGGGCUGAAGGGUUUGACUUCCCAACCAGCUCAGAAGAGCAGGACGUGGAAGAAGAACAAGAAGAUGAGGAAGAACAAGUAGAGGGAGAGAACAUGUGAGGAAAAGUAUUGAGGAAGCUGCAUAAGUGGCGAUUUCUAUUAAAGCAUGUGCAUGCAUGUAAACAUGGAGGAUUUUACUGGAAAUACAAAAAUAAAAGUAGUUUUAAACAAAGAACAAGGUCAGACAACUGUUUUCAUAGCCAUUCAAUCAUUUUGAUGAAAAGCAUGUUACGAAUAAUAAAAGGAGUGGCUGAUUUUCCAGACUGAAUUUCCAUCUAAAAUGAUAUUUCUCAUUGUGAUUAAAAGCAGCAUCU